CUCCCCCACCCAUUGGCCUCUGGACCACCCCAUAGAAGGCCAAAUCCAAUUCGAUCAUAAGCGUUGAAAAAAAAGAGAUCCGGAAUCCGAGGUGUAAGAUAUUGUUGGGUUAUUCCUCGCCUUCCCUCUUCUCUGUUCGUUUCUUGUUUCUUCUUCCUCCGAUCCCAUUAGAAACCCUCACUGACUAGUCUUAGGGCUCUUUCUACUUAAUUUGGAAAGGUUUGGAGGAGAGCGAUGGCGAGGGAGAAGAUUCAGAUAAGGAAGAUAGACAACGCGACGGCGAGGCAGGUGACCUUCUCCAAGAGGAGGAGGGGGCUCUUCAAGAAGGCCGAGGAACUCGCCAUCCUUUGCGACGCCGACGUCGCCCUCAUCAUCUUCUCCUCCACUGGCAAGCUUUUUGAGUUCUCCAGCUUAAAUAUGAAGGAAAUCCUCGAAAAGCACAGUCUGCAUUCGAAGAACCUACAGAAAGUAGAACAACCAUCUCUUGACUUGAAUCUAGAGAAUAGCAACUACACAAGACUGAACAAACAAGUUGCAGAAGCAAGCCUUCAACUGAGACAGAUGAGAGGAGAAGAGCUCCAAGGAUUAACCAUACAGGAGCUGCAGCAGCUAGAAAAAACUCUUGAAACAGGAUUAAGCUGUGUGCUGGAAAGAAAGGGUCAACAAAUUAUGGAGCAGAUCAAUUGUCUUCAACAAAAGGGAAUGCAACUGAUGGAAGAAAAUGAGCAACUGCGAAAGCAGGUUGUGGAGAUACAGGUGGUGGAGAUGGCCAGAGCAGGGAGACAGGUGCUGACUGAUUCAGAAAAUGUUAUCUAUGAGGAUGGGCAGUCAUCUGAGUCGGUUACUAAUGCUUCACACUUGGGAGUGCCACAGGACUACGACGACAGCUCUGACACUUCCCUCAAAUUAGGGUUGCCGGUCCAUAACUUGAAGUAAUGGUGGGAGACUGUUCAUCGAUGGAGUAUUCUUUUUCAUUCUGCGCUACUUGGAAAGAGAAUACUUGCAAUCAUGUUUAAAGUCAUAGAUGAAUGGAAUAACAACCCGGUUGAGGGAGCUACGUACCACUGUACUUUUACAGGUCCACCAAUUGUGGGCUUACUGAGGUCUGUGUGGAUUGUGAUCUGUAUGUCAUAACCUGCUGCCCUUCGUUUAAUGGAUACAUUGCUAUCAGAAGACAGGCAUCGUCUUUGUUCUUAUAUGACUGGAAAUAUCUGUCCAUGGCAUGUAAUAUUAAUCUUUCAGCAUUAUUAUAUUCAUUGCUGAAUAUUGAAUGCUGAAGUCUGAACGGGAGAUGGAUGUGGGAGGAUUGAUUU